AUGGGUUCUAUCGAUUACAACAUGAAAGUCAUCAUCAUUGGAGCGGGACCUGCCGGUUGCGCACUUGCUCACGGCCUCAAGAAAGCCAACAUACCAUUCAAUAUCUACGACAAGGGCGCCGACGUGUAUCGACAUCGACAUUGGGCGUUCACCUUAGGCUGGGCUCGACCAUACUUGUUUGAUAUGCUUCCGGAAGAGCUGAGCGCGCAGAUAAACUCAUGUCAAGUCGAUCCAUUCGUCGACUGCGCAGCAAUAGGCGAGGAUAGAAUCGUCAUCUUUGAUGGUAGCACCAAAGAUAAAGCUUUCUCAUUUCCCAUUCCGAAAGCACGAGAGAUCAACAUCAGGAAACUCAGAGUCUUACUCGCUGAGCAGUUGAAUGUACAGUACGGGAAGAGAUUUGAGAAGUAUGAAGUGAUCGAAGACGGUGGGGUCAGAGUCACGUUCGAAGAUGGCACGACCGAUGAGGGCGAUAUCGUAAUUGGUAUAGACGGUGCCAUGUCGAAAGUGCGACAAUGUUUGUUAGGCCGGCAAGCGGAUUCAGACAUGCUACCCUUCGCGCUCAUGAACUUCAACGUCUCAUAUACAGCCGAGCAAGCACUUUUCAUCAAAGAGCGAUUACAUCCACUCGUCGACAUCGCCAUCCAUCCCGCAGGACACUACAUUCGAGCAAACAUCCUCGACAUGCCAGACCAAGACGAUCCGACAAAGUGGACAUUCCAAAUUCUGUCAACGUGGCCACUCAAGUCUGUUGAAGAUCACGACAAUGAGACGGACAGAUUAAAACGGCUGAAAGAGCAUGUAAAAAAAGCCGGGUGGGCGGAGCCAUACAAAAGCGCAAUCGAAUGGAUACCAGAAGACACGGAAGUUCUCAGAGAUCAACUGAAGAUCUGGAAAACAGUACCCUGGAACAACCAAGCUGGGCGAGUCACAUUGUGCGGUGACGCAGCACAUGCAAUGACUUUCCAUCGCGGCCAAGGUGCAAACAACGCAUUCUACUCCGCACAUUGCCUCGUUGAGGCCCUUAGGUCCGUACAAGCAGGCUCUGCAACCUUGCAAGACGCUAUCUCGGCGUACGACGAGAGCAUCUGGAAGCGCGGCGCGAACGAGGUGCAGAUCUCGAAAGCGCAGACGUUCUUCACGCACGAUGGGUUAGAGAACUUUAUUAACAGUCCGGUGAUGAAGUUGGGGACGAAACCAAGUCAUGCCGCGAAGACAGAAGGAUACACUUAG